AUGGGUAUCGCACCAAAAGCACAUUCACAAUACCGUGACCCAAAGACCCAUCAAAUGACGCCAGCUCUUUAUAGAGUCCGUCAACCUUUUUUUUGGAGGAAUACCAUAUCUUUAUUUGUCAUUGGCUCGAUCCCACUUGCGGCAUAUUGGUACACAUUCACGAAAAUGACUGAGGAUGAGUUUAGUGAUAUUCCUAUCCCACCUAUUAGUGAUGAAGAGUUGACGAAAUUAAAGAAGGAGUAUGAGGCUGGAAAGCAGUAA